AUGUACGGAAAGACGCACUUGGAGUUGAAGCCGGAACGUCUGAGGCGUAAUGUGGGGAUGUGUGGCGGUAAGGAUGGAAAAAUACUGCUCGAGUUGAAACGAGUCGCGAGUGAUGAGAAUGACAAAGACAGGAAUCCCACUUUUACGGAUUGCUGGGUUAGUUUUGUCCUACUUUUUCUCCUCGUUGAAAAUGUAGUCUGCCCUAAAGAGAAUCUGGAUGCGUUCAAGCGGUUCCGAGUAGGCAUUUGUGAAGAAAGUCGUGCUGAAAAAUUUGCAUUCAUCGACAUGCUUUCUUCUUUGAUACAAUUCUUCCGUACCAGUGUAGGUUGUGGAGAGUUGAAUUGCAAGACUUCAAGCAAGAAAGCUUCGGACUACAAUAUGAGCACUGUUUUACGUGCACGCCAAGAUAAGGAGUUGCAGCAGUAUGGCGGAAAACAGCGCUUCAAUUCAACAGCGUCGGGCUUCCACAGUAACUCUGAGCAUUUGUUCAUCGAGACGGAUCGUAGCAUUGAUUUCGAAGUGAGUGAAAGUGAAUAA